AUGGUAAAUGUAAUUAAACACGGUGAUGAUUACGAUAUAGUUCACCAAUCUAUUUCAUCUGUCGAACAAAACAUUGAUCAUGAAAGUUUAGAACCAUCUAAUUACAAUAAAAUUGAAACAUCAUCUAUAGUACUUGAUAAUACAUUCAUCUACAAUGGUUUAACAUAUAUUCCUGAAAAGAAUGAAUUGAUAUUAGGUUAUACAACAGAGAAUAAUGAAAAUUAUUUGGAAUUUCGUCGUAUUGAUAAUGGUAUUUUAAUUCGCACCAUUUUCUUAGAAUUUGAUCAUGCAGGAAAAAUUGAAGAUUUAAUAUGGUGUGUUAGUCGAAAUGAAUUAUUAUUAAUUAAUACUGGUCAUUUGAUUGCGUAUAAUAUUGAUAAUGAAUUAAUAACAUCAAAUAUUUUAAUUGAUGUAGAUAAAGCAACAUGUCGUAUUGGAUGUAAUUCAAAAUUUAUUUGUUGUGUUGAUGGACGAGCAUUAAAAUUGUACGAUAUAAAUAAUUUUAAACUUAUAAAAAAUAGACGUUUAGAUCAUGUUGUUGAAGGUAUAACGUUCGAUGAUGAAUAUUUUAUUAGUGGUCAUACAGGUAAACUAGAAUUUUUAGAUAAAACAUUAUUUAGUAUUCGACGUUUUCCCAUUGGUGGAACACGAAUUUGUCGUUUUAAUAAAAAAUAUUGGUUAAUAUGCGAUGAUUUUGAUGAUAGACUCUUGUGGUAUACACUCGAUAAACUUGUCCACACUGUGAAUAAUGUACAUCAACCAAAAGGUAUCGUUGUUAUUAAAUCACUUUCACGAAUAAUAAUACAAUGUAAUGAUCCAAAUAGACUAAUUAUUUUUGAUCCAAAUAUUUUUUAG